CGCCAUUAGUGAGUUUGAGCUCUGAACACGGCUUUAGGGUUUAUGAACGUUGUGGUAGAGAGGUUAGGGAUAGUGAUUUAUGGGCUAUAUUUGGGUCGGGUUUAAUUUAAUCGGAUCCUAAGUACGAAACGGCACGACGUCGUUUCGGUUCCCGCUUGAACCGCUUGGUUCUCCUUGGCACAUUUUAAAGCGUUUCUAAUUCACAGGGGGAGGGGAACACUUCGAUAUCCAAAAUCUGCAACAAUAGUUAACAAGUCGGCUGGUUCUUCAUCGAUUUCCAUAUUGACAUUAAAGAAAGGAUUUGAGCAAUGGGGAAGAGGAAGUCAUCGGCAAAGCCGCCUCCUAAGAAGCGGAUGGACAAGCUUGACACCGUCUUCAGCUGUCCCUUCUGCAGCCAUGGCACCAGUGUUGAAUGCCGCAUUGACAUGAAGAACUUGAUUGGGGAAGCUUCUUGCAGAAUAUGCCAAGAGAGCUUCAGCACUACUAUCACAGCUUUAUCUGAACCAAUAGAUGUCUACAGUGAAUGGAUCGAUGAAUGUGAGAGAGUUAACAACCUCGAAGAUGAUGGUGACGGUGCUUAGGAGAAAGCCAGGUUGACGGGAGCUUCACUAUUUCGGGCGAAAUCAGUUUGUAUUGAAUAAUUUACUAAUCCAUUUUGAAACCAUGCUUGUCAUGCUCUUUAAAAUCUUUAGAGAUUCCAAUCCCUACGUAAUGCAAAAUAUCACUAUGUAACUUCUAUGUGAUGGUGAUGCAUGCAGCCCGCUUAUGAGAAUUGUAGCCCUCCCCUCUCUAAUGCAAAUGUUUCACUUAUUAUUUGUCACG